GCGCGCACCCAGCGUGUCGCCGUGCAGACCCCAGGGCAGGCAGCCCGGGACGGACUCAGAGGCGCUCGCUCGAGCUGCUCCGGGGCCCAGGCUCGGUGGCCGAGGCGGGCGUACCCGUGCAGGCGGAGCCGCUGCUGACCGGGGGGGCGGAGCUCGGCGGCGCGGGCCGCCCAUUGGCUGCCGGGCUUCCGUGCGCCUUCCGGGCCCCUCCAGGUGCGAGCCCGCCGGGCCGCCCCGCUGGCCCCGCGACCUCCCGGCGCCUUUGCCCAGGGAGGCGUUAACCUCGCAGGGGCGAGCCGCUGUGUCUACAAGUUUGGGAUCAUCGACGAUUGCAGUCUGUCAUUCGGUGCCCGUAGCUUUAUUUUCCAUGACAGAUCUUGAAGACAGUACAUGCAAAAAAUAUAUAAAGAUGAUUACUAAUAUCGUAAUAUUGAGCCUGAUCAUUUCCAUUUCCCUAGCAUUCUGGAUUAUGUCAAUGACAGCUAGCACCUAUUAUGGUAACCUGCGGCCUGUUUCUCCUUGGCGCUGGCUGUUCUCCGUUGUGGUUCCUGUUCUGAUUGCCUGUAAUGGCUUCAAAAAGAAAAGUCUAGACCACAGUGGAGCUCUAGGAGGGCUAGUGGUUGGAUUUAUCUUAACCAUUGCAAAUUUCAGCUUUUUUACCUCUCUGCUGAUGUUUUUCCUCUCAUCUUCAAAACUCACCAAAUGGAAAGGAGAGGUGAAGAAGCGUCUAGAUUCGGAAUAUAAGGAAGGAGGCCAAAGGAACUGGGUUCAGGUAUUCUGUAAUGGAGCCGUGCCCACGGAGCUGGCUCUGCUGUACAUGAUAGAGAAUGGCCCCGGGGAAAUGCCCGUAGAUUUCUCCAAGCAGCCCACUGCUUCCUGGAUGUGUUUGUCUCUCUUGGCUGCACUGGCCUGCUCUGCUGGAGAUACCUGGGCUUCUGAAGUUGGCCCAGUUCUGAGCAAAAGCACACCUCGGCUGAUAACGACCUGGGAGAAAGUUCCAGUUGGAACCAACGGAGGCGUCACCGUGGUGGGACUCGUCUCCAGUCUCCUUGGUGGUACCUGUGUGGGCCUGGCCUACUUCCUCACACAGCUGCUGUUUGUGAAUGAUUUAGACAUCUCCGCUCCCCAGUGGCCCAUAAUUGCAUUUGGAGGUCUGGCUGGGUUACUAGGAUCAGUUGUGGACUCAUACCUAGGGGCAACAAUGCAGUUUUCUGGUCUGGAUGAAAGCACCGGGCUGGUGGUCAGCAGCCCGGCCCGGGAGACCAAGCACAUAGCAGGGAAGCCCAUCCUGGACAACAACGCUGUGAACCUCUUCUCCUCGGUCUUGGUCGCCCUCUUGCUCCCAACAGCCGCUUCGGGCUUUUGGCCCAGAGAGUGAACUUUCUUUCCUUCCCAACUGGGUGAUACUGGUGAGUCCAGCUGAAUUUGCCAUGUGAAGAAUUUUUCCCUAGUGAAUAAUUUCACCAACCUUGGGGAUGCCGGCUCCUCCCGUGUUCCAGUGUGGUGGGAUUCCUUGCUGCCCUUUCAGCUCCUUUCAUAGCCGAUGUCUUUGUGGUGAAAGGUGAAAGUGCGUAAAAGUUAUGCACAUUUUUCUUCUGCUGCAUGAAGCUUCUUGAUCGAUGGAGCUGUUAUUUCCUCUGUGGUUGUAUGUUGAGCUGAGAGUCUACAUGGUCUCCAUAAAAUGUUGUUUUGUUCAGCUUCUAAAAUCCAAGUGUGUUGACAAUUGAAAAUGGUUUCCAUUUGUGUAGAAACAUACCACUAUGACAAUUGCCCCAAAGUUAUAUCUGCUUUAAUGACUCAACCCAAUACACGUGGAAGCCCACAGAAGUACGCUUUGAACUUGAACUUUCCCCAUCCUCUGUCUAGUCCCAACUGAAAAAUGCAGGCAUCGGUACUGCACAUUUCUCUUCCUCUCUCACAGCUAAUAAUGUCAUUGUUUGGACAAAUUUCUUUUUCAUCACAUUAGAAAACAUAAAGAAAAUUAUUUUUUACGAGAAGAAAUCACUUCAAUUUUCACCUUCUGGAUGAAGGUAUAGCUUGGUGGUAACACUCACCUCAGGUACACAGUACCCUGGUUUAGAUGCCCAGCACCGAAAGGAAGUUUACACUUUAUGCCUUCGUGUCUUUGAAAUACACGUAAGAAUCUGGGUGCCACAUUGCCGUGUGGAACAGUUAAUGAGUCACUGGAAAAACAGUGUAAUUAUUUUUUUUAAUUUGCUUUCAUUUGAACUUUGAACUUAAUUUUGUAAGUGCCUGGAAAUGCUGUGAUUUCCCAUCAGGAACCUUCUAAGUCAUGCAUUCCUUUUCUUUGUAGCCUCAGCCUAAGUGGAUUCUGUUUGUGACUGUGAUCUUCACUGUGUCUUACCUUGUACAAAAGAGGUUUUGAAGGAGCAGGUUAUUUUAUUAAAUAUGUCCUAAAAUAUUCCUUGUUUGAUUUCCUAUCCUUUCUUCCCCUUCCCACUUCCAUUCUUGAUGAAAUCAAGGAAGAACUCCCUGAAUAAAAUGCUACCAGAGUGAA